AUGAUUAGAUAUUUUAAUUACUUAGAAGAGCAUAGCGGAUAUUAUAUUGGAGAAGACUCAGGGGAAGGUUAUAAAAUUUAAUGGGAUGAUACUUAGAAUUAUUUCAAAUAAAGAAGAUAUCCAUUUUAAUUUCAAAAGUAUGAUGAAUAAAAAUAGUUUGAUAAAGUUUUUGAAUGA